UUUUUCUGCAUUUAUCACUACUAACUGUACUUUUUAUGUCACCCAUCGUGUGAGUAAAGUGAUUUUCACUCCUGCGGUGGAGUAAUGGACGUGUUAAUGGGCAACGAGUCAUCUCCAGUUCCAACACGGUCGGUGUCUGUCAACUCAAGCCGAGAAGAGAAUUACGAGGUGGGCUUGCCUCCACGGAUGCAACCGCUGCUGUUGGUGCUUGUGGUGCUGAUGUGUCUGGGUGCAGUAACAGGUAACUCCCUUGUCAUCGUCCUUGUCGCCGCCACCAAGACUCUCCGCUGUGUGACGUCAGUGUUGAUCAUGAACUUGGCCAUCACUGAUCUGCUCGUGGGCCUGGUCGCCAUGCCCUUUGUGGCAUUGUCCAUCAUGGAGCCUGGAUGGGCCGACUGUCUUAACCUGUGUCUUUUUGUGGGCUACACCUCCUCUGUGUACUGCACAGCCUCUGUUCUGACACUGGCCGCCAUCGCCCUGGAUCGCUACCACUCCAUUAUGGACUGCCUGCGCUAUAGCUCUCGCUGCACCCUGUGGAGGACCUGCACCGUGGUCCUGUGGAUCUGGCUGCAAGCCUUGGCCACGAGUUGCCCCCCUCUGCUGGGCUGGAGCUCCGUGGCUUACGUGGCUCCCAUGUACAGCUGUGGAGUGAACUGGGCCAGCAGUCCCAGUUAUGCGGCCACCGUGACCAGCCUAUCCUACCUGGUGCCCGCCAUCGUUAUCCUUUUCUGCUACGUCAACAUCGUUAAGGUGGCCCGCAACCACGCCAGGAGAAUUCACAGCCUGGAAGACUCUGUUCAGCGCGGCAGGACUCCAAACACCACGUUCACCGCAUCUCAACACAGCCCUUCCAGACUCAUCUAUUAUCUCAGUGGACAUUUUGUGUCCGAGGUCAUAUCUUCGUCCUCCAUUUCCUGCAGGGGGGUCGUCUCCUUCCUGGCCCAAGCCCCCCUGCAGGACGCCCAUCAACACCAUCAAGGAGUUGCUCGGCUCAUUCUAGUUAUUUUAGCCUUCUUCCUGUGCUGGAGCCCCUAUUUCGGGGUGGUUCUCAUUCAGGCUGCAGAAACCGCUAUCUCAGGUCAGACCACCCUUGUGCCCCCCUCUGCUGUGACUGUUUCCUACUUUCUAGUGCUGCUCAACUCUGACUUCAACCCGCUGCUCUACGCUCUGCUUAGUAGGCGUUUCCAGGCGGCUCUGCAGGGGCUGAGGCAGAAGUUGAUGGCCUGCCUGGGGGGUCGGAGAAGGGAGGUAGAUGAUGACAGAAGCAGUGAGCACUGCACCCUCACCGCUCCUCACGACUCCCAGUUUUGCCCUCCAAUUUUUACCAUCCCCGCUCACUUCAAGCCUAAUUCCAACGAUUGCAAAGUGUGUCUCCACGAAGAGGCCCCUAAAUCCUGCUCCAUGUGGCAGCAACCUUGUGGGGGAAGGAGGGUGGACUACCUGCAGGUCCCCUCUAGGCCGCAAGAGGGCAGCAAACUACCAUUCUCUGCUCUGACAAUGGCACCAAAAGCCACUUUUAUUUAUGGCCAAAUUACAGUUACAGUGGAACAUCAUGUUUGAAAACAUUAUUAUUACAUGAGGGGGUGGCCAAAAUUCAAUCAGUCAAUUAGCCAAUCAGGAGUUGGACAAGACCCCUUAAUUUUGGGGGGGAGUGGAUGUGUGCAACCCGAGGGUCCCUGGUUCAAUCCCCACCUAGUACCAACCUCGUCACGUUCGUUGUGUCCUGAGCAAGACAGUUCACCCUUGCUCCUGAUGGGCCCUGGUUAGCGCCUUGCAUGGCAGCUCCCUCCAUCAGUGUGUGAAUGUGUAAAUGUGGAAGUAGUCUGAGCGCUUUGAUUACCUUAAAGGUAGAAAAGCGCUAUAUAAGUACAACCCAUUUCUUUUAUUAUUUAGAUUUUUUUUUUUUAAUUCUUCAUCAUCUCCAGCACCCCCCGCAACCCCAAAAGGGACAGGUGGUAGAAAAUGGAUAGAUGGAUGGAUCAUGUGAGAACAGUUCCAGGAUGAACCUAAAAAAAACAGGGUCAUGUUUGCUGAAAACCUGACCUCAACUCCAUCAAACACUAACAACAGAGACUGAUUUACCUUGAAUUCCCUUAGAAAACGGACUAAAAUCUUGUAGAAAGCUCGGCUGGUAGACUACAAGGAGGGAACCAAAAUUUAGGACAGGAAAUGGUAUUGAUUAGAAAUAUAAACACUUCUCACUGAAACAUGUCCGUAAAACAUAUAAACACAAUGGUCAAGAAGAAAGCAAAGCUGGACAAUGUCUGUAUUUGAAAUAGUUUUUUAUGGGGUACAUGUGAAUAUACUUAAUACUUUAUGACCCCCCCCCCCCCACCCCCCUUCCCCAUCAUUUAUUACCUCCUUAAUUGUUAUAAUCCUAUGUUUCAGUGUAUAAAAUAAUCAAUCCUUACAAAGGUUUACAUGUAUGUCUAGCGAUAAUUCCAGAGGAAUAGAAUAUCAUUGUUUAUUGUCAUAGAGGAUGACAAUGGAAAAACAGUGAAGUAGGGGUCGAAACCACUGGGGGAGGGUCGGAGCAAGGGAUGAGUACUUGUAGAAAAGAAGGUGUACAGAAGUCCUUGGUGGCACAGUAAAAAGCAUAUUGCACGUAGUGAUGUUAAUACAUUCACAACAAGGCAACGUUCCCACGUGUGGCUCUUCUGUCAAGGCUCAGGUGCUCAUCUCAUUUCAUAGCGCGUUGUUACAAAAGUUUGUAGUCGAGCUUUGCUUCGUUUCCUCCACUUUUCUAGCCCGCUACUCUCUGCAGUUGAGUAAUGAAACACAGCAACCACCA